UAAAUGUUGAUUUAUCCCUUAUAUGUACAUCAAAGAAAAGAAGCAAAGAUAAACCCUAGUGAAGUGACCUCACUAUUUGGGAUAAUAGUAACCCUCACUUCAAAACGAUCCUUCUUAAAAGAAAGGAUUCAUAUUUAAUGUGGUUUGUUUAGGCUAAUGUGCAAUAUUGAUGAAAAACAUGCCUUUAAAUGCAAAGAAAGAUUAAGAUUUUUUGACCUAAUUUUGACACUAAAAAUAUAGGUAAAAGGAGAUAAAGAGAAAGACUAUCCCUUUACGUUGUAGUCCAACUCAAAAGGAUUUUAACCAAUUAGGUCAACCUCUAUGCUAUGUUAAUCGAACUUGGGUGAAAAUGUCAGACAUGUAAUGCAUAAGAUUUUUCAGGUAUUUGGAGUCCUUGGAAUCAGGAUAUACUCGGAUACAAGUGUGAGACACAGAGGACUUCAUGUAUUUGGGGUCUUUGGAAUCAGGAUAUACUACGGAUAUAAGUGCGAGACACAGAGUACUUCAAGAAACAAAUUGAUUUGUUUGGGAUGGCUGAAGUGAUCAUGCUAGUUGAACAAAAAUGGCAAAAUUUGUUGAAGACACGCCAACUCUUGAACGUUAUGCAAGAUGUGUGGAUGCACACCGAAGGGGCAACGACCAAAACUCUUUUUCGAAAAAGUAAAUAGAACUUUUUAACUGAUUCUAAUGUCACCUAAAGAAAAAAAGUUUAGAACGCAGACAAAAUGAUUGUCAUUUUGUUUUUGUAAGCCUAAUGGCUGAACUUAUGGGCUUUAUGGACUGCUAAAACAUGCCUCUUUCUCCUAGAAAUAAGCACCUCUAAUGGAACCAUUCUCUUAAAGACAUUUGUUUCAGUUUGACCAUAACUUUCACCUAUGGCUUUUUCUCCUUAAAUUCUCCUACACCUGCCCCUGCUUUCACCCCAUUCACUUCUCUUUUACACCUCUCUCUCUUUCUCUAGUAUACAUGCAUUGUGAGGUUUACAGUUAAGUCAAAGAGAAAAAGAAAAUGAGAGCUUCAAGUGAGUUUUUGGCUACCUUGGUUCUUGUGCUGGUUUCGGUUUCUUCAGUGGCUCAUGGAGAUCCCCUUGUUCCUGCACUCAUCAUCUUUGGGGACUCGGUUGUUGAUGUGGGGAAUAACAACAAUCUCAACACACUUAUCAAAUCAAACUUUCCACCAUAUGGAAGAGAUUUUGUUACUCACAGGCCAACUGGAAGAUUCUGCAAUGGAAAACUUGCUACAGAUUUCACUGCUGAGUACCUUGGGUUUACUUCAUACCCACCGGCUUACCUUAGUCGAGAUGCCAUAGGAAAUGCUCUCCUGACUGGAGCCAAUUUUGCUUCAGCUGCCUCUGGUUUAUAUGACAGUACUGCAAACCUAUAUCGUGCCAUAACAUUGACCCAGCAGUUAAACUACUACAGGGAGUACCAAGCGAAACUGGUGAACAUGGCAGGAAACGAUGGAGCCAGCAACAUAGUCUCUGGUGCCAUACAUCUUUUGAGUGCAGGAAGCAGUGAUUAUAUUCAGAACUACUACAUCAAUCCUCUAGUUAACAGAAUCUAUACACCCGAUCAGUUCUCUGAUAUUCUCAUAAGAUCCUAUACUACUUUCAUUCAGAAUCUGUAUGGACUGGGAGCAAGGAGGAUUGGAGUGACAACCUUACCACCAACAGGUUGUUUACCUGCAGCCAUCACCCUAUUUGGUGCAGGAAGUAAUCAGUGUGUUGCAAGGUUAAACCAAGAUGCCAUUGCCUUCAACAAUAAACUGAACAGCACGUCACUAAGCCUACAGGACAGGUUGCCUGGUCUCAAACUAGUGGUCUUCGACAUAUACCAGCCUCUCUUGGACAUGGUUACAACGCCCAGUGAUAAUGGUUUCUUUGAGUCAAGAAGAGCUUGCUGUGGAACAGGUACACUAGAGACCUCCUUGCUUUGCAAUUCCAGGGCCCUAGGGACAUGCUCCAAUGCUACAUCAUAUGUAUUUUGGGAUGGAUUCCAUCCCUCCGAAGCAGCUAACCAGGUCUUGGCAGGCGAUUUGCUAGCACAGGGAGUGCCCCUCAUAUCUUGAAGCUAUGUCAUAGGAAGGGGG